AUGACCACUGACAGCAGCUCUACUCUUCUAAGCACAUUGCCUAAGAAUAUACCAGCAAGGUUUCUGUACCAAAUCACAGAUUAUUUCUCUCAGAGCGAAAUUGGUAAAGGUGCACUUGGAACAGUCUACAAGGGAAUUGCCGAGAAUGGGGAAAUGAUUGCUGUGAAGAAACUUAAGGAAAAAUCAGAUGUGGCCGAUUAUGAGAAAACAUUCAAUUACGAGGUCUGUAAUCUUAUGGCAGCCCAACAUGAAAAUAUAGUGAAGUUGAUUGGCUACUGUUAUGAAAAACGGAAGAAGGUGGUGCAAAGCUAUGGAAGAUAUGUCAUUGUAGAUGUAACAGAAAUUUUCUCUGCUAUGAAUAUCUACCUAAGGAAGCCUUGA